GGAAACAAUCUUUUUUUUUUUUUAUCAAAAAAAUAGUGAUUCUUUUGAAGCGUAAAGUUUGAUAUACACACACUAUAUACACACACACACACACAUAUACUUUACUUGACGCCAAAAAGAUUACCUCCUUUUGAUACAUAAAUUCUUUUUUUUUUAAUUGUUUUUUCUUCCUUCAACAUUAUACAACAAAUAAUAUAUCAUGGAUCAUAAACCACAAGCACUUCGACCUUUAUCUGUAAAACAAAAUAAGACUGAAGUUUCUGUUUUGGUACCUGCUGAUAUUUGGGUAUCAGCCGAACAAUUGAAAGAAGAAUUCCCUAUACAAACUGAUCAAGUAGAUGAACAAGUACCUGAUAUUGAAUUGUCUGCGCGAUUCCUUCACUUUGCUGCUCAACGUGCAUCUAAAGAAGCUCAAUUCCUUCCUGUGGCAAGAACUAUUUUUGUAGAUUUUGGUGUCCAAUAUCUCAAGAAUAAUGAAGUACAUGCUAUUACUCGAUCACUUUCUUCUGAAUCCAAAAAAGUAGUAUUACAAGCUUAUUUUGCUGCUUUGGUUGUCCUCAAACAACAUAAUGUUAUUACUGAUCAAGAAGCAAAACCUGCUCAAUCUGCUUUAUUUGCUGCUGCUCGACGUGGUGAAACAAAAAUAUUUGCUAUUUUUGGUGGUCAAGGCAAUAUAGAAGAAUACUUUGAUGAAUUGGUGGAUAUUUGGGAAACUUAUGAUGGUUUGGUACAACCUUUUAUUGAAAGAAUGGCUAUUGUUUUGGCCGAAUAUGCUCGUAGUUCUGAAGCUAGUGUUUUCCAUUCAAAAGGUUUGGAUAUCUUACGUUGGUUAAAAAAUCCUGAAGUUCGUCCUGAUCUUCAAUAUUUGGUCUCUGCUCCUGUUAGUUUUCCUUUGAUUGGUCUUACUCAAUUACUUCAUUAUUAUGUCAUGCUUCGUGUAAUGGAUCGUACUCCUGGUGAUAUUAGAGAAUUGAUUGCAGGUACUACUGGUCAUAGUCAAGGUAUUAUUAGUUCUGUAGUCAUUGCUUCUUCCACUACAUAUGAAGAAUUCUUGGUUAAUACUGAAAAGGCUUUGGGACUUUUGUUCUGGAUGGGUACUCGCGCUCAACAAACUUUUCCUCCUACAACUUUGAAUCCAACCAUUUUGGAAGAUUCUCUUAAUAACAAUGAAGGUACUCCUACUCCUAUGUUGGCUGUCACUGGUUUACGUGAAUCUCAAGUUAUCAAGCAUUUAGAAGCUACCAAUGCUCAUUUAGCUCCUGAUCGACAAAUUGAAAUCACUCUUAAUAAUGGUCCUCGUUCUUUUGUUUGCACUGGUCCUCCUCAAUCUCUCUAUGGUUUAAAUCUCAGUUUACGAAAACUCAAGGCUCCUACUGGUUUAGAUCAAUCUCGUGUACCUUAUUCUCAACGAAAGAUCAAGUUCUCUUCAAGAUUCUUACCUAUUACUGCUCCUUUCCAUAGCUCUUAUUUACAACCUGCUAUUAACACUUUGUUGGGAGAUAUUGAACGAUAUCAAUUACAACAAAAUGCAAAGGAUCUCAAGAUUCCUGUUUAUGCUACCGAUUCUGGUGUGGAUCUUCGAUCAUCAACUACUUUGACAUCUGAUUUGGUAUCUUUAGUUUAUUCUCGUCAUGUGCAUUGGGAAAAAGCUAUUGCUACAAAGGAUUUGACUCAUAUUAUUGAUUUUGGUCCUGGUGGAACUUCAGGUAUUGGUGGAUUGACUUACCGAAACAAGGAAGGAACUGGCGCUCAAGUGUUAUUGGCUGGUGCUUUGGAAGGUGCCAAUCGUGAUUUAUCUUAUAAAGCCGAUUUAUUUGAUGCUGACUUGCGUGCUGUUACUUAUUCUCAAAAUUGGGCCAAGGUCUUCCAACCCAAACUAGUUAGAACUACAAGCAAUGGUCGAAUUCACGUGGAUACUCGUAUGUCUCGUUUAUUGGGUAAACCUCCAUUGAUGGUUGCUGGUAUGACUCCUUCUACUGUCAGUGAAAAAUUCGUAUCUGCUGUGAUGAAUGCUGGUUAUCAUGUCGAACUUGCUGGUGGUGGUCAUUACAACGAAAAGGCACUUCGUGGAAAAGUAGAUAAAAUCAUUAACUUGACUCGUGCUGGUGAAGGUAUUACUUUGAAUAUUUUAUUCUUGAAUGUACGUCAGUGGGGUUUCCAAUAUCCUUUGGUUCAAGUUAUGCGCAGAGAAGGUUUACCUAUGGAAGGUAUUUGUAUUGCUGCUGGUGUUCCCUCUUUGGAUGUUGCCAACGAAGUCAUUGGAAAUUUGAAGGCUGCUGGAAUUCGUCAUGUUGCAUUCAAACCCGGAAGUGUAGAAACUAUUCGUCAGGUUGUGUCUAUUGCUGCUGCUAAUCCUACCAUGCCUGUCAUUAUGCAAUGGACUGGUGGUCGCGCUGGAGGUCAUCAUAGUUUUGAAGAUGUUCAUCAACCUAUUCUUGAAACUUAUGCUUCUAUUCGUCGUCAAGAUAACAUUGUACUUGUAGCUGGAUCCGGUUUUGGUGGUGCUGAUGAUACUUUACCUUACAUCACUGGUGAAUGGUCUACCAAAUUUGAUUAUCCUCCUAUGCCUUUCGAUGGUGUUAUGUUUGGUUCUCGUAUGAUGGUUUCCAAGGAAGGUCUUGCCUCUGAAGCUGCCAAACAAGCUAUGGUUGAUGCUCCUGGUGUGGAUGACAGUGAUUGGGAAAAAACUUACAAGGGUCCUGCCGGUGGUAUCAUGACUGUUAGAUCUGAACUUGGAGAACCUAUUCACAAGGUGGCUACUCGUGGUGUCCGUCUUUGGAAGGAAUUAGAUGAAAGUAUUUUCAACUUACCUCGAGAAAAGCGUUUACCUGCACUACUUGCCAAGAAGGAUUACAUCAUCAAACGUCUUAAUGCUGAUUUCCAAAAGGUUUGGUUUGGCAAAAAGAAGAAUGGAGAUGUGGUUGAUCUUCAAGAAAUGACUUAUACUGAAGUAGUGGAUCGUAUGGUGGAAUUAUUAUACAUCAAACAUGAACGUCGAUGGAUUGACAUUACUCUUCGCAAUCUUCUUGGUGACUUUUUACGACGUAUUGAAGAACGAUUCUCAAAGGUGGAAACUACCUCUAUCUUGCAAUCUUAUUCUCAAUUGGACCAUCCUCAUGAAUUUGUUAUUGAAUUCUUGAGCCAAUUCCCUCAAGCUGAUUCUCAACUUUUGACUUCUGAAGAUGUUCUUCAUUUUGUUACUCUCUGUCAACGUCGUGGACAAAAGCCUGUACCUUUUAUUCCCGUUAUGGAUAAGGACUUUGAUGUAUGGUUCAAGAAAGACUCUUUAUGGCAAUCUGAAGAUCUUGCUGCUGUUGUGGACCAAGAUGUUCAACGUACUUGUAUUCUUCAUGGUCCUGUUGCUGCUAAAUAUGCUACUCGUGUUGAUCAACCUGUUGGGGAAAUCUUGGGUGAUAUUUAUGCCAGUCAUAUCAACAGUUUGAAGGAAAAAUACUACAACAAUGAUGAAGCUUCUAUCCCUGAAAUUGAAUACUUGGGUGGUGCUCCUGUCUCCAACAAGUCCUCUAUCUCUGUUUUUUCUUCUUCCGCUAGCAAUGAAAAGGUUUACUUUACUGGUGAUAGUGAUGCUACUUUACCUGAAGAAGAUGAAUGGUUCCAAACUAUCUCUGGUCCUUCUUACAACUGGUUACGUGCCUUGAUUACCUCACCAUUUGUGGUCCAAAACAAGAAAUUCUCUGACAAUCCUUUGGCUCGUAUUUUACGUCCUCGUGCUGGCCAAAAGGUCAUAGUGAAGUCAGAUAUUCAAAAUCGUGUGAUUUCUCUCAAGCUGCAAGACAAACGUCUCUGGAGUGCUUCUGGAAAAACCAAGGAUUAUGUUACUUCUGUUGAAGCUGCUUGUACCGGGACUGAUAUUGAUGUCACUUUGUAUGAAAAACGUGGUGAUGACUUUGUUCCUUUGAAAUUACAUUUCCUCUACAAGCCCGAAUUUGGUUAUGCUCCUAUUCAUGAAGUGAUGGAAGGUCGAAAUGACCGUAUCAAGGAAUUCUAUUGGAAACUUUGGUUUGGUAUCAAUGCUACUGAUGACUUUUUGUCUAUCCCUGUAACUGAAAAGCUUAUUGGUAUGGGUGAAACUGUCAAAUCCACUGAAAUCAAGGAAUUCUGUCAAGCUGUGGGCAAUCAAGCUGAAGUUUAUGUUGAUCGUGGACAAAAAAUGAUCUAUGCUCCUAUGGAUUUUGCUAUUGUUGUUGGAUGGAAGGCAAUUAUCAAGGCUAUCUUCCCCAAGGAAAUCGAUGGUGAUCUUUUGAAAUUAGUUCACUUAUCCAAUGGAUUCCGUAUGCUUGAAGGUGGUGAUUUACUCUCUGUUGGUGACGUUGUCGACACUUAUGCCAAGAUCAAUGCGAUUAUCAAUAAUGACUCUGGAAAACUGAUCGAAGUCAAGGGUGUGAUUGUUCGUGAAGGCAAGGCCGUGAUGGAAGUGACAAGUCAAUUCUUGUAUCGUGGUGUGUUUACCGACUAUGAACAUACUUUUGAACGUAAGGUGGAAACUCCUAUGAAUCUCAACAUUCAAUCUGUUAAGGAUAUCGCUGUUCUUAAAUCAAAGGAAUGGAUUGAUUGGACUGAAGAAUUGGACAACUAUGAAUUAUCUCCUGGAUCUUCUCUUGUUUUCCGUCUCACCACCGAACUUCGUUACUUGAACAAGCGUGUAUUUGCUAGCGUCAAGACUAGUGGUACUGUCGAUAUGAAGGUGUCUACUAAAGAAUUCGUCAAGGUAGCUAAUGUCAAUUAUGAAGCUGGUGAAAGUCAUGGAAAUCCUGUGAUUGAAUAUUUGAAGCGUAAUGGUCAAGAAAUUGAACAAGCUCACUUCUUUGAAAAUGGUGGUUACUCUGUUAUGCCUGCUGAAUCCAUUUAUUCCUCUGUGGUUCAUGCACCUGCUUCCAACGAACCUUAUGCUAAUGUAUCUGGUGAUUACAAUCCUAUUCAUGUCAAUCCUUAUUUUGCUGAUCUUGCCGUGUUGCCAGGUACCAUCACUCACGGUAUGUGGACUAGUGCUUCUACUCGUAAGUUUGUGGAAAUCUUUGCUGCAGACAAUGUCCCUCGUCGUGUUGUUGCUUACAAUGUUCAAUUCAUGGGCAUGGUGUUACCUUCUGAUCAAUUGGAAACUAAGCUCUCUCACACUGGUAUGAAGAACGGACGCAAGAUCAUUCAAGUGGAAACAAUCAAUCAAAACAAUGAAAAGGUAGUAGUUGGAACUGCUGAAGUAGAACAACCUGUUACUGCUUAUGUAUUCACUGGUCAAGGUUCUCAAGAACAAGGUAUGGGUAUGUCUCUUUAUAAUUCAUCACCUGUUGCCAAGGAAAUAUGGGAUCGUGCCGAUAGACAUUUUAUGGAAAACUAUGGCUUCUCUAUCUUGGAAAUUGUUCGCUCCAACCCCAAGGAAAAGACUGUUUACUUUGGUGGUCCUCGUGGUAACAAGAUUCGUCAAAGUUACAUGAGCAUGACUUAUGAUGUUGUGGAAUCCGACGGUACAAUCAAGACAUUACCUUUGUUCCCUACUAUCAAUGAACGUACUUCAUUCUAUACAUUCCAAGCUCCCAAUGGUCUCUUGUCUGCUACUCAAUUCACUCAACCUGCUCUUACAUUAUUGGAAAAGGCUGCUUUUGAAGAUAUGCGAUCCAAGGAAUUGAUUCAAAGUAACUGUGCCUUCGCUGGUCACUCUCUUGGUGAAUAUGCUGCUUUGGCUUCUGUUGGUGAUGUACUUCCAUUAGAAUCUCUUGUGGAUGUUGUAUUUUACCGAGGUAUGACAAUGCAAUCUGCUGUGCAACGUGAUGAACAAGGGCGUUCCAAUUAUGGUAUGGCUGCUGUUAAUCCUGCUCGUGUUUCCAAAUCAUUCAACGAUACUGCCUUGCGUUAUGUUGUGGAUUCCAUCGCUCGUAUUAGUGGUGAUGUUUUGGAAAUUGUGAACUUCAAUGUUGAAAAUUGGCAAUAUGUAGCUGCUGGUUCUCUUCCUAAUUUAGAUGUGCUUACCAACGUUUUGAACUACAUCAAGGUAUCUGAUAUUGAUCUCAAGAAAUUAAUGGAAACUAUGCCUCUCGAAGAUGUCAAGAAACAUUUAUCUGAAAUCAUCGAUGGUGUUUUGGAAAAGACCCGUGCUAAGGAAGCUGCUCAAGGUCAUAUCAAACUUGAACGUGGUCAUGCAACUGUUCCUCUUCCUGGUAUUGAUGUUCCUUUCCACUCCUCCUUCUUGCUUAGUGGUGUGGCACCUUUCCGUAGUUAUUUGGCCAAGAAAUUCAAUCCCUCUGAUAUUGAUGUUGCUCAGUUAUCUUCCAAGUAUAUUCCCAAUUUGACAGCUCAACCUUUCAGCACCAAGAAGAGCUAUAUUGAAAAUGUAUACAACCUUACUUCCAGUCCUCGUUUGGCCAAGGUACUUAAGAAUUGGUCUGAUGAUAAAUAUGUCACCCCUGCUCAACAACAACGUCUUGGUUAUAUCAUUUUGGUGGAAUUACUUGCUUAUCAAUUUGCUUCUCCUGUUCGUUGGAUUGAAACUCAAGAUCAACUCUUCAAGCACUUCCAAAUUGAACGUCUUAUUGAAAUCGGUCCUUCUCCUACUCUCAGUGGCAUGGCUACUCGUACAUUGAAUCUCAAGUAUCAAGCAUAUGAUGAUGCCUUGAGUAAUCGUCGUCAAAACUUGUGUAUUGCCAAGAACUCCCAAGAAAUUUAUUAUGAAUUUGAAAAUGCUGAAGAACCUGAACCUACUCCUGCUGCUACUACUGCUACAUCAAGUGCUCCUGCUGCUACUGCUGCUCCUGUUCCAGCUGCUGCUGCCGCUCCAGUUGCUGCUCCAGUGGCUACUGCUGGUCCUGCUGCUCCUGUUAGUGAUGUACCUGUGACCGCUACGGAAGUGAUUCAUACAGUGAUUGCCCAAAAACUCAAGAAGUCUGUAGAUGAAGUUCCUUUGUCUAAGGCUAUUAAGGAUUUAGUGGGAGGCAAGUCAACCCUGCAAAAUGAAAUUCUCGGUGAUCUUCAAAAGGAAUUCAACAAUGCUGUGCCCGAAAAGGCCGAAGAAACUCCUUUGGAUGAACUUGGUGCUUCUUUGGAUGGUAGCUUCUCUGGUACUCUUGGAAAACAUACUAGUACUUUGGUGGCCAAGAUGAUCGGAUCCAAAAUGCCUGGUGGUUUCACUCUAGCUAAUGCCAAGUCUUACCUCUCAACUACUUAUGGUUUAGGUACUGGUCGUGUGGAAGGUGUAUUAUUGAUGGGUCUUACUAUGGAACCUGCAUCUCGUCUCGGAGCCGAAUCUGAAGCUAAGGCAUGGUUGGAUAAUACUGCUCAAGCUUACGCUAAAAAGGCUGGUGUUACUCUUUCUGCUGGUGGAGCCGCUGGUGGAGCCGCUGGUGGAGCUGGUGGAGCUGUUGCCAUGAUCAACAGUGAAGAAUUCGAUGCUUUGAAGGCUAAACAAGAUGCAUUGAUUUAUCAACAACUCAACUUGUAUGCUCAAUACUUGCAAAAAGAUUUACGUGAUGGACAUAAGCUUUAUGAACAAGAAAAGACCACUACUCUUAAAUUACAAGCCGAAUUGGAUCAAUGGCUCGCUGAACAUGGUGAUGUCUAUGCUGAAGGUAUCACUCCUUCCUUCUCUCCUCUUAAAGCUCGUCGUUAUGAUUCUUACUGGAAUUGGGUCCGCCAAGAUGCACUUGAAAUGUGGUAUGCUAUUAUCUUUGGCAAGUUGGCUAUUGUAGAUCGUGAAGUUACUGCUCAAUGUUUACGUAUCAUGAAUCGUGCUUAUCCUCAACUUAUCGACUAUAUGCGUUACAAUGUGGAAAAUUGUGCUGGUGACAAGGGUGAAACUUAUCGAUUGGCAAAAGAAUUUGGUCAAGCUUUGAUUGAAAACUGUGUUGAAGUUCUUGCUGAAAAUCCUGUGUACAAAGAUGUCAACUUCCCUACUGGACCAAGCACAUCUAUUACUGAAAAGGGUGACAUUAAAUACAAUGAAGUACCUAGACCUGGUUGUCGCAAGUUCUCUGAUUAUGUCAAGGAUAUGGCUGCUGGUUCCAAGAUUUCUGAAUAUUCUAACCGUCUCAAGGUGCAACAAAAUCUCGGUCGUCUUUACAAGAUUAUUCGCAACCAAAACAAGAUGAAGAAAACUACCAAAUUGGCUAUUCGUGAUCUGUAUAGCGAUGUUUUACGUGCCAUGUCCAUGUCUAACACUAUUGUCAAGGAAAACCGUGCUCGUCAACGUCGUCUCUCCUCCACUGGUCGCACUGCUGAACGUAAACGUGUUGCCGAACGAUCUGCCAAGUCUGAAACUAUUCCUUUCCUCCAUCUCAAGAGAAAGAAUGCCAAUGAUCCUACUGGAUGGGAAUUCAGUCAACGUCUUACUGCUACUUAUUUGGAUGUACUUAACGAAGUGGCUACUAAUGGUAUUUCUUUUGCUCACAAAUAUGUUUUACUUACUGGUGCUGGUAAGGGCUCUAUUGGUUCUGAAAUUCUCAAGGGUCUUGUUGCUGGUGGUGCCAAGGUGAUUGUUACUACUUCUCGCUUCAGUAAGUCUGUUACCGAAUACUUCCAAUCUAUCUAUCAAACAUUUGGUUCUCGUGGUUCUGAAUUGGUAGUGGUUCCUUUCAAUCAAGGUUCCAAGCGAGAUGUGGAAGCUCUUGUCAACUAUAUUUAUGAUCCCAAGGGAUUAGGUUGGGAUUUGGACUAUGUAGUACCUUUUGCUGCUAUGCCUGAAAAUGGUCGACAAAUUGAUGAUAUUGAUUCCAAGUCUGAAUUGGCUCACCGUAUGAUGUUGACUAAUUUGAUCCGUUUAUUGGGUAGCAUCAAGACUCAUAAACAAAGUAUUGGUUCUGAUACUCGUCCUGCUCAAGUUAUUUUACCUUUGUCUCCUAAUCAUGGUACAUUUGGUUCUGAUGGUUUAUACAGUGAAUCCAAGAUCUCUCUUGAAACUCUAUUCUCUCGAUGGUAUUCUGAAGAUUGGUCAAGUUACUUACUUAUCACUGGUGCUGUUAUUGGUUGGACUCGUGGUACUGGAUUAAUGAGCCCUAACAAUAUUGUUGCUGAAGGUGUUGAAGCUCUUGGUAUUCGUACUUUCUCUUCUACUGAAAUGUCAUUCAACAUUCUUGGUCUUAUGCAUCCUAGCAUUGUGGAACUUUGUCAAAAUGAACCUGUAUGGGCUGAUCUCAAUGGUGGUUUCCAAUACAUUCCCAAUCUUCAAGAAGUGAUUAGCCGAUUACGUCAAGAAAUUCGUGAAACCGCUGAAAUCCGUAGUGCUGUUGCUGCCGAUAACGCUCUUGACUUCAAGAUUGUCAAUGGUGAUGAAGCUGAACGCAAGUACAAGCCUCACAAGGUGACUCCUCGUGCCAAUAUGAAAUUUGAUUUCCCUGAAUUGAAAUCUUAUGAUCACUACAAGAACUUGUCUCAUCUUAAGGGUAUGUUGGAUCUUGAAAAGGUGGUUGUUGUGGCUGGUUUUGGUGAAGUGUCUCCUUGGGGUAAUGCUCGAACUCGAUGGGAAAUGGAAUCUACUGGUGAAUUCUCUUUGGAAGGUUGCAUUGAAAUGUCUUGGAUUAUGGGUUAUAUCAAACAUCAUCAUGGUAACCUCAAGAAUGGAACUCCUUACUCUGGAUGGGUUGACGCCAAGACAAAUGAACCUGUGGAAGACAAGGAUAUCAAAUCCAAAUAUGAAAAACAAAUUUUGGAACACAGUGGUAUCCGUUUUGUUGAUCCUUCUGUUAUGAAUGGUUAUGAUCCCAACAAAAAGAUGCUCAUGCAAGAAAUUGUUGUUGAUCAUGAUUUGGAACCCUUCUCCUGUUCUCAAGAAGAAGCUCAACAUUUCAAGAUGGAACAAGGUGAUAAGGCUGACGUUUAUGAAACUGCUCCUGAAGAAUGGGUUGUUGUUUUGAAAAAGGGUGCUACUUUAUAUGUUCCCAAGGCACUCCGAUUUGAUCGUUUGGUUGCUGGUCAAAUCCCUACUGGAUGGGAUGCUUCUCGUUAUGGUGUACCCAAGGAUAUUAUUGAUCAAGUGGAUCCUGUAUCUUUGUUCAACAUUGUUUCUACUGUUGAAGCCUUUGUGUCUUGUGGUAUUACUGAUCCUUAUGAAUUCUUCAAGUAUGUCCAUGUUUCCGAAAUUGGUAACACUACUGGUUCUGGUGUAGGUGGUCAAUUGGCUCAACGUGGUCUCUUCCGUGAUCGACUUCUUGAUAAACCUGUGCAAAAGGAUAUCUUGCAAGAAUCAUUUAUCAAUACUAUGCCUGCUUGGAUUAAUUUACUUCUCUUGUCUGCUUCUGGUCCUAUUCGUACUCCUGUUAACGCUUGUGCAACCUCUGCUGUAUCUGUGGAAUUGGCUGUUGAUAGUAUCCUUACUGGAAAGGCCAAGAUCAUGAUUGCCGGUGCUACUGAAGAUAUUACUGAAGAAUCAAGUUAUGAAUUCGCCAAUAUGAAGGCCACUUCUAAUGCUGUGGAUGAACUUGAACAUGGUCGUACACCCUCUGAAAUGUCUCGUCCUGCUACCACGACAAGAAACGGUUUUAUGGAAGCUCAUGGUGCUGCUAACCAUAUUUUGAUGACUGCUGCAACCGCUAUUGAAAUUGGUGCUCCUAUUUACGGUAUCAUUGCUUUAACCAACACUGCAACUGAUAAGGAAGGUCGAUCUGUUCCUGCUCCUGGUGCUGGUAUCUUGACAACUGCUCGUGAAACUACUGAUAAGCGUGCUUCUCCUCUACUGGACUUCAAGUAUCGUGCUCGCCAACUCAAGUCUCGUCGUGCUCAAAUCAAGUCUUGGUUGGAAGCUGAAUAUGAAAACUUGCGAGAAGAAUUACAAGAUCUCAAGAACUCUGGUGAAUUGAAUGCAUCUGAUGAACAAGCUUGGUUACAAGAACGAAGUGACUUUAUUAACAAGGAAGCCAAACGUCAAGAAAAGGAAGCUUACUCUACUUGGAGUCAUAACUUCUUCCAACAAGACUCUUCCAUUGCUCCUCUCCGUGGUGCCUUGGCUGUGUAUGGCUUGACUAUAGAUGACAUCAACGUUGCCUCUUUCCAUGGUACUUCCACAAAGGCCAAUGAUAAGAACGAAUCUCGUGUACUCAACUCACAACUCAAACAUCUUGGACGAUCACGAGGAAAUGCCCUUCUUGCUAUUACUCAAAAAUAUUUGACUGGUCAUCCUAAGGGUCCUGCAGCUUCCUGGAUGGCUAAUGGUAUGAUCCAAUGUUUACUCAGUGGUCUUAUUCCCGGAAAUCGAAAUGCUGACAAUGUGGAUGAAGUGCUCAAGGAAUUCGACUAUAUUGUGUACCCCUCUCGUUCCAUUCAAACAGAUGGUCUUAAGGCUGGUUUACUCAAGUCCUUUGGUUUUGGUCAAGCUGGUGGUGAAAUUCUUAUUAUUCAUCCUGAUUAUGUCUUAGCUGCUUUGGAAGAAUCUGAAUACAAUGCAUACAAGGCCCGUAACGCUCAGAGAUAUGCCAAGGCUUACCGUUAUCUCCAUGAUUCUUUAACUGGUGUUAGUGACUUUAUUCAAGUGAAGGAUGCUCCUCCUUAUAGUGAAGAAUUGGAACAUACUGUUUACCUUAAUCCCAAUGCUCGUGCUCAAUACUCCAAGGAAAAGAAGACAUGGACCUUUGAUGCUAAAUCUGCCAAUGCUACAGCUGAAUCUAUAGGUGAUGCCGAAGCCACCAAGCAAGUGUUAUUAUCUCUGACAGAACAACAAGCUGGAAAAAAGGGUGUAGGUGUUGAUGUGGAAUUGACAUCCUCUGUGAAUAUCGACAAUAGUACAUUUGUAGAACGCAACUUUACUCCUGCUGAAAUCACUUAUUGUUCUACACGUCCUGAUCCUCAAGCAAGUUUCACUGGUCGUUGGUCUGCAAAGGAAGCUGUAUUCAAGGCCAUUUCCUCUUUUGGUGAUAUUCCUUCCGAUGGUGCUGCUGCUCCUUUGAAUGAAAUUGAAAUUACUGUCAACGAUACUACUGGUGCUCCUCAAGUACAAUUAGCUGGCAAAGCGAAGUCUCUAGCUGAUGCGGCUGGAAUCAACGAAAUCAACGUUUCUAUUAGUCAUAGUGGUGCUUAUAGUGUGGCUGUUGCAUUGGCUCAAUAGAUCUUUGUAUUCCUUUAUUUUAUUUCUUAUUUUUUUUAUCUUUAUUUUUUUUUCCUUUACUUUUUAUAUCUUCUCUUCAUCCUUAUCCGCCGAAUUAUUAUUAUUAUUAUUAUCAUCAUCAUCCAUUUCUUCAUAUGUAUCCCCCCUUUUCUUUUUUUUUACUUGUUUACUUUCCCCUCUCCCAAUCUUAGAUAUUUUUUUUUUCUUUUGUUAUCAUUAGUAUCAUCAAUUUUUAUAUAUAGUGUGUGUCCUUUAGUAUACUUUUAACAAAAUCAAAAAAAAAAAAAAAUAUCAUAUUAAUAAA